UGAGAAGAGCUAUGUAACCUCUAAAUCUCACUUGAGAUCUUUGCCUUUGCAGGCCUGCAGAAGCCCCAAAGCCCAGCAGACGGCCUACUUACUGCUGGCCUUGUACAGAGAGGUGGCUUCUUUGUACCAUUCCCGCAACACCACCCUCCAUCCAAAACCAGAGCAAUGUGAGGCUAUGAAGGAAUUCAUUGAGGAAAGCAAGAUCCUUUCCGCUCCUGACAUUGGCUGCUUUGCCAAGUCGCUAGUGGAUAAUGCUCUGCCCCUGCUGCGGACCAGCUCUGCUCACAGCAGCCUGGAAGGAACAGUGACUGAAAUGGCCGUCCAUGCUGCAAUCAUAUUCUUGUGCGGACAAAACAGAGUCUUGGCGCCCCUGAGGAACUUGGCCUUCGAGCCGGCCAACAUGGCAAAUGCUUUCCUUCCAACGAUGCCUGAAGACCUGCUGGUUCAAGCCAGGAAAUGGACGGGUCUGGAAGGUGUCCACUGGUACAAUUGUCCUAAUGGCCAUCCGUGCUCUGUAGGAGAGUGCGGCAAGCCAAUGGAGCAGAGCUUCUGGAUCAGCAGCCGUGGCCAUUUCCUGUACCAAUUUAAACAGGGUCCUGGUGUAGUUGGCCAGCCAGAAGGCAGUAUUAACGAGGACAGAACACAGACCGGCCACGUGCUGGGCGACCCACAGCUCAGUGGUGAAGCAGUGGCAUGUGACCGAGGGCUGUCCCCAGUGGUCUUCAUUCUCACCCGCCUACUCACUCACUUGGCUAUGCUUGUGGGAGCCACUCAGAAUCCCCAGGCCCUGAUCAGAAUCAUUAAGCCUCAGGUCCAGGACCCACAAGGCUUCCUGCAGCAGCACAUCCAGAGAAACCUGGAACAUCUAAACAAGAUGCUGGGCAGGAGUGCAGACGAGACCACACGUGUGGUACACCUCAUCCUGCGCUGUUUGCUCCAGGAACGGCACCCCACGUUUGGCCAGGGUGUAUUAAAUUUUAAUGCAGAAUUGUCAACCAAAGCAUUCAGAAACAACUGGGAGAAGCAUCUUGAAGCUCUAAUUCUGCCUGAAUUGGAGGUGAGCUGGGACGGUGAGAUCAAGCUACCAAAAGAUUACUGCAGCUCCGACUUGGAUCUGGAUGUUGAAUUUGAGGUCAUCCUUCCACGGCGACGGGGCCUGGGCCUCUGUGCAACUGCCUUGGUCAGCUACUUGAUUAGCCUGCACAAUCAAAUGGUCAACACGGUGCAGAAGUUCUCCACGGAAAACAGCAGCUAUUCUGUAGACACCUCUGAGGUUACUGACCUGCAUGUCAUCCACUACGACGUGGAACGGGACCUGAUUCCACUGAUCGUCUCCAACUGCCAGUACCAAGUGCAGCAAGGUGGAGAAACCUCACAAGAGUUUGACCUGGAGAAGAUCCAGCGGCAGAUCAGCAGCCGCUUCCUCCAGGGCAAGCCCAGGCUGACCCUGCAGGGAAUACCCACCCUGGUGUACAGACAUGACUGGAACUACGAGCAUCUCUUCACGACCAUCAAGAACAAAACGGCACAGGUGCUCUUGACAGCCCUUGUCCUUCUCCGGGAGGCUCUAUCCACUCCAGAUAGCUCCAGCCUCAUCCUGUGUCCACU